AUGCAUAGCUGCCAAGGGCAUCUUUUUUUGACAUCUUUAAUUCUUUCUACCAAACUUCUAACCUCACCUUUACUUCUCAUAAAUGAUGCAUUAUCAGCAGAGGCUGCGGCAGAUGAUUAUGAGACUUGUCUAAGGCACUUAGUUAAGAGCAAGAUUCUUGACAUCUCUAAAGAGAGUGGAUUUCCAAAAUUUGAUGUAAUGCUAUUGGGUAUGGGUCCAGACGGACAUGUAGCUUCCUUGUUUCCCGGGCAUCCUCUUGUCCAUGAGAAAGAGAAGUGGGUCACCUUCAUCAAAGACUCUCCAAAACCUCCACCGAACAGGAUUACAUUUACAUUCCCUGUAAUAAACUCAUCUGCAAAUAUUGCACUUGCUGUAGUAGGUGCUGGGAAGGCAGAUGUAGUGCAUAAAUCGCUAGGUGAUGAUAAAAGUUCUGAUUUGCUGCCUGUGCAGAUGGUUUCACCCGAAGGAGAAUUAGUUUGGUUUUUAGAUAAGGAUGCAGCUUCGAAGCUGUAAGGAUGAAGAUGUGUGGGUUGCGUAUUAGUGCUUCACUCCUGUGUGUAUUUUAUUAUUUUAAUACAUUCUGAAGAAGGGGGUUGUUUUUCCCAGUAUUGUCUGUAAAAUGUUGAGGAUUCAUAUGCCAUGAUCCACUUUUUGGCUCACAUGUUUUUGUAAGGAUCCUUGACUAUCAGGAACUCGGUAAUAAAGCUGCAAUUUAUUCUCCUAUUUUA